AUGAAGCUGUCGGGUAUGUUCCAAUUGCCAGUGCUGCUGGCCGCGAGCCUGCUGGCCACCGUCUCCGCAGAGCAUACCAACAACUGGGCCGUCCUGGUCGGGACGUCGCGGUUCUGGUUCAACUAUCGCCAUCUCUCCAAUGUCCUCUCCAUGUACCGCACCGUCAAGCGCCUGGGCAUCCCCGACUCCCAGAUCAUUCUGAUGCUGCCCGACGACAUGGCCUGCAACCCGCGCAACGCAUUCCCCGGCACCGUCUAUAGUAAUGCGGACCGGGCCGUCGACUUAUACGGCGACAACAUCGAGGUCGACUACCGGGGCUACGAGGUCACCGUCGAGAACUUCAUCCGCCUGCUGACCGACCGGGUGGGAGAUGAAAUGCCCAGGAGCAAGCGGCUGUUAACGGACGACCGAAGCAAUAUCUUUGUCUACAUGACGGGCCAUGGCGGCAACGAGUUUCUCAAGUUCCAAGAUGCCGAGGAGCUUGGAGCAUUUGAUCUGGCUGAUGCCUUUGAGGAGAUGUGGGAGAAGAGGAGGUACCACGAGAUCCUCUUCAUGAUUGACACGUGUCAAGCCAACACCAUGUAUACCAAGAUCUACUCUCCGAACAUUAUUGCGACGGGAUCGUCCGAGCUUGACCAGUCUUCUUACUCACACCACGCCGACAACGAUGUCGGCGUAGCCGUUAUCGAUCGCUACACUUACUACAACCUGGAGUUCCUCGAAUCCGAAGUCAAGGACUUGAGCAGCAAGAAGACGGUGGGAGAGCUGUUCGACAGCUAUAGCUAUGAGAAGAUUCAUUCCCACGCAGGCGUGCGAUAUGAUCUUUUCCGCGGUGGAGCUGAUGCAGCCCGCAGCCGGUUGCUGACGGACUUCUUCGGCAACGUCCAGAAUGUCGAGGUUGACGGAGCAAAGAACGCCACCGUUGAUGACGAGAUGCUGGCGCUUAGUAGGACGAUUGCACAGCUCAAGCAGAUUGCGGAAGAGGAGGAGGCCGCCUCCAAGAACGCCAGCGAGGGGCCCAAGCCCGAGAGCAAAUCAUAUAAAAACCUCCCAUCGGCGAAGCCUCUGAACGACGACAACUGGUGGGUGAAGAAGCUGGUUGGUGUUACUGCUUUGGCUGGAUGUACGGGCUUGUGGGCUCUCAGCUCGUACCUGGAGUCUUCAGCGUGA